AUGCGUAGUUUCUACAAUGCCGAACUGUCUGUGGUUGGCACACCGUCUGAUCCACCAUAUAAAAGUGUAGCCGAGGGAUGGUUGGCGGCGCUGCAAUUGAAUCCAGCCCGACUCGUGCCCGACAGACAGCGUCUCGAGUCAAUGAGGGAUAUGUAUGAGGCCGACCAGCUCAGCCCAAGUGACGAUCCUAUGAUGGAGGCGUUGAUGGGUACCGAUCCGUUCUACGAUCGCUUCCCAUGGUUCCGAAUGAUUGGAAGGUGGGUUCUUUUGUUCAUUGGACAAUGCUAUUUUUUGGUCUCCUUGUCUGUAGGAACACUAUUUACAACGGGUAGACAAUAUAUGACAUCAUAA